AACGUGAGGGAUAAAGGAAAAAACAAGUUAUGAAGUUUAAACGUAGGUUUUAAAAUUUAGUUAUUUGAUUGUCCGGAGAGGCGGUGCUUGUCAUUUUGACAGUCGAGUGAAUAGGAAUGGUCUUCUCCGGGCUGCCCCGUAACGCAAAACGAACCUCUCUGUCACAACGGACCCGGACCGGGCCAACGCUUCCCAGAAUGAACAACGUGUUUCAGGAAGAAGUUGGCGCCUGAGGCCCCGUAUGCGGUUAGCUAGCACGCUAACUCAAAGUAUGAAAGAUACUCCAUUGUAAUGAUUUCUCUCUCCAUCGCUAUUGAAGAAUUGCACAAUGAACGACAUGGAAUUCAGCGUCCCCCUGUCCUCGCUGGCACUCUUGGUCCCACCACUUCGGCUGAUGUCAGCAGUGAUGUGGGAAGUGGUACGCCAGCGGAACAUAAAGCACUAUGGGAAACUGGAGGAGUUUGUGUCCAUGGUAACGGAUGCAGUCCCCGAACUGAUGAGUAAAAGAGAAGGAAGGCUGCUCUCACUGGGCCUGAGAGCAAGGACAACUCUUGAACUGUUGCGUUCUGAACAUCCUGAAGAUCUCAAGGCUGUUGAGACCCACCUCAACCGAAUCAGAUCUUCUUGCAUUGAGGAGACAAAUGAUCCCGUGAUUGAAGCACCAGAGGCAAACUUUAUGAAGCUGGUGCAAGGCCUCAUUGAAGACACUGAUGGCAGAGAACACUUCCUCAAGAAUGUGUUUCCAGUGGAGUACGGCCCAGACUUCGACACAGCACUGGAGACUCUGGUUUGUGAAUUCUUCACCAGACUGGAGGAGCUUCUGCCAAUACCAGAUUUCAAACAGACUGCAUCCUGGAUCAGUGCUGCCCCCUCUGUCCUAGAGGAGUACAUGCAGUGUGUCUCAAACGGAGAUGACCUUAAAUUUCUUCUCCAAAGCAAACAGUGCCACGGGAAAUUGGCUAAGAGUAGUGUUGCUCCUUUUCAAUCAGAUGAUCUUCUCAUUCCCUCCCUGUGUCUCCCUCCAUCGCUGGAAGUGGCCAUCGCGUCCCACCCGAGUGCUUGUGAUGAUGAAAAUAAUGACGUUCCUCAGAUUGUUAUGUUCGAUGAAGAACUGUCAACAAACCCUUCCACAUCAACUGACUUUCCUGAAUCGCCAAAAAGGACUGACAUCUCAUCAUCUCCUCGCAGGAGACAGCAGUCAGGGAUGCAUAAAUGCCCCGAGUGUGACAAAUGCUUCAAGCAUCACUCUGUCCUCAUUGAACACCAGAGAGUCCACAGUGGGCUGCAGCCUUACAACUGCUCCGAGUGCGGGAGGGCUUUCAGAACAGCCACUCUGCUGGCUGGUCACAGGCUACGGAAGUGCAAAAAUGCUGCAUAUCUGUGCAUUAAAUGUGGGAACAGUUUUCCAACCUCACUGGACAAAUUCAGACACCACUGCCCAAAACGGGGCCGUAACUACGAUUGCGGGCACUGCGGAAAGAGUUUUCAAAAGUCUAGCAGCUUGAAGGAACACCUGCUAACUCACGCCCAAAGCCGCCUUUUCAAGUGCAGUCAUUGUGGGGUAGGUUUUUCAGGAAUUGGCGACCUGAAGUAUCAUCAGCAGGUAGAUCAUGAUAAGCCUUAUCAGUGUAACCAAUGUAAAAAGAGCUUUAUCUCCUCCAAGUGUCUGGUCAAACAUCAGCAACGGCAUGAAGAGGUCGGAGAAAUGGAAACUGCCAAAUUAAUGAGUGGAGGUAAGCAUAAGAAGAGUGGCUCCGCUCACCGGACUUCCUCAACAUCUAUGUCCUCCAGAAAAACAUCAGUCAAAACUGUCUACCCACGAGGACGAGUCACACAUAACUGUCCACUGUGUGGAAGGAGUUUUAAGUAUCGCUUUGAAUUUCUUGAGCACCAGAGGUUCCACACUGCGGUGAAGCCUUACAAAUGCUCACAGUGUGGUAAAUCUUUCCGCACAGAAGCUCAUCUGUCCGGGCACAGGAAGAGGAAGUGUAAAAACGCUGCCCACAUUUGCACCAAGUGUGGGUGUCAUUUCAGGUCUCUACACGAGCGGGCCAGACAUCAGUGCGUCCAGCUGCUGACAAAGUACGAGUGUUCUCAUUGUGGAAAGACCUUCAAGAUGGCCCACAUGCUGAGGAACCAUCAGAUGAGUGAACACCAGCUCCCCUACAGCCCCAACCAUCGCUUCAGGUGCAGAUACUGUGAUGAGACUUUUCCUGGCAUCAGCGAGCUGAAAUACCAUCAGAGAGUUGACCAUGAGAAACCCUAUCAGUGUCAGGAAUGUGGCAAGUGUUUCCUGUCUGAAAAAUGCCUGGCCAACCACGAGCUGCGCCACAACGAUGACCGACCAGAGAGCUGUCUCGUGUGUGGCCGCGGCUUCAGAAACCGCUACGACUUGAAGCAGCACAUGCGCACUCACACAGGAGAGCGGCCUUACCAGUGCACUCACUGUUCACAGUGUUUCUCCACAGCAGGAGGACUGAGGAGUCACACCAGGGUACACACCGGCGAGAAGCCACAUGUUUGCCCAGAUUGUGGCAAGGCUUUCUCCCAGAUGGGUGCAAUGCGCACCCACAGGCUCACCCACACAGGAGAAAGGCCAUUCAAGUGCACAGUGUGUGGCAAAGGUUUUACAAUGGCACACAAGGUAACAGUUCACAUGCGCGUGCAUACAGGAGAGCGGCCAUACGUGUGCUCCCAGUGUGGGAAAGCCUUCUCAGAUGGAAGUGUGCUGAAGCAGCACAUGCUGAACCACUCAGGGGUGAGACCAUACCACUGCCAAAUCUGUCCCAAGACGUACACCUGUCUGAACCACCUGAGGAGGCACCUGAAAAGCCACUCUAACAUGAACUGAGUCAGGCUUGAACUUGAGCAGAAUCUUGGAUAACAUGUUACACAUACACUGAGACCCUGCAUUUGGCAGUUGGGCUACUGAAGUUGCAAUGACCCAACCAAGCAAUACAUGGAGGAAUAUAAAAUGAUGUUGUACAGUUGCUGUUAAACAUUGAGGUCAAAAGUUCAGUUUCCUCUUAACUGUGAAGUCAUGUCAAAUGUAGUCACAUUAGCCAAUAGUAAAGGAUGAUGUGAACAUUUAAAGGAAUAGUUAAACAUUUUGGGAAUUGCACUUAUUCACUUUGUUGCUGAUAAGUGUAUCCGAAAGUUCAUAUCACUCUCAUUUAGUUUGUUAAUAAACUGGAGCCAGCAGAUGUUUAGCUUAGCACAGAGACUGAAAGCAGAGGGAAACUGCUAACCUGGUUCUGUCCAAUUACAAUUACAAAUCUGCUGCGGGAAGAAAUGGUUGGGCACAUACAGAAACAUUUUUGCACUUCAGUUUUUGUGUGGAUUAAAGAAACAACACGUGUUAUAUGUUAGGCUAGCUGUUUCCAGUUUUUGGCUGUAGCUUCAUAUUGAAAGGACAGAUACGAGAAUGGUUUCAGUAUAUUUGUCAAGCUCAGGAAGAAAGUGAAUAAGUGUAUUCCACAAAAUGUCAAACCAUUCCUUUAUCAUCAGCACAAGCAAAUGGUCCAUUCUUUCCCCUUGUUCCCUACUUGAGCUUUUACAUCAGUUUCUUAUGCAUGAAUAUGUUUGGAUGUUCUUCUGGAUAUUAUUUAGGUGAGAUACUGUAUGCUCAGAAGCUGUAAUAUUGGUGAAAAUAUAUUUUUGGAAAGGCCUCAAAAGUAAUAGAAAUGAAAAUGUUGGUUCUGUAAAUAUACUGAAAGACAAAUUAUUGUGAGCGCAAAGUUAAAAUCGUGACACCAUUUAUUUCAACAUGACAUAGCCCUCACUAUGGUUUGCAAAUUUUGUGAAUUUCAAAUUAAAGUACCUUGGUUAUAGCUUACGCA